GGGGGAGCGGCUGGGGGAGCGGGCGGCCUGCGCACCAUGGGCUGCUGCAGCAGCACGGAGGGUCUGCGGCGUGAAGAUGCCCAGAAGCGGAGAGCUGAGCUGUCCCAGGAGCUGCUCUCCCUGCGUGGGGAACUGGUGAGUGCAGUCACUGCGUAUGAAAAGCUUCAGCAGGAGAAGGAGGAGCUGCGCGUGGUCUUCGAAGGCAUCCUGCAGAAGCUCCAGGAGCAACACCAACGUGAUCUGGCAGACCUGGAGGAGCGACUCAGAGCUUUCUACCAGGCAGAGUGGGAGAAGGUCCAUGAAGCCUUCCAGGAGCAGGCAGACAAGUACAGGACGGAUAUGCAGCAGCAGGUAGAUGACUUAAGGUCCAAGCAUGAGGUUUCCAUGCGAGAGCUGGAAGCCAGCCAUUUGGAGAAGGUGGAGAAUGUGAAACAGCAGUAUGAAGCAUCUUUUGAAGAACUCAAGAAAGCCCAUGAGCAGGAGAUCUUGACACUGGACAGGACAAUGAAGGAUGCAGAAACAGCGCUAUCAAAGCAAAUUCAAGAAAUCACGAUGGAAAACAAUGCUUUAAAUGAGAAGAUAAAAGCUGAAGAAGAAAGAAAGAAAAUGUUGUCUGAGCAAAACCCGAAGGAUGCCCACGCCUUGUACUUGGAGCAAGAACUAGAGAGUCUCAAGGUAGUCCUGGAUAUCAAAAACAAGCAGCUCCAUCAGCAGGACCAGAAGCUGGUGCAGAUGGACAAGCUGAUGGAAAGAAACAUGCAGCUGGAUGAACGUCUUCAAAAAGUCCAACAAGAAAACGAAGACCUCAAAGAGAGGAUGGAUAAGCAUGCAGCUCUGUCCAGGCAACUGUCCACAGAGCAGGCCGUCCUGCAGCAGUCUCUCCAGAAGGAGUCAAAAGUGAACAAGCGUCUCUCCAUGGAGAAUGAGGAGCUUCUGUGGAAACUCUACAACGGGGACCUGAGCAGCCCCCGCAAGCUGUCGCCAUCCUCGGUAUCCCCAUCCCUCCAGUCCCCCCGUAGCUCGGGCAUUUUCUCAAGCGCCCCAGUCUCACCCAGAUAGCAGCCGUUUGCCGCUAUGAAGCCCUCCUCAAGACUCCAGUGGACACUGAUGUCCUCCAGCCAAAAGACUAUGUUAACCAUGCAGAAUCACAUCCUGGAAAAGCACUAGAAAACGGACCUGCUGUGCGCAUACCCUAAGUGGAAACCUCAGAUUCUGCAGAAAGCUGUGACCUCUGUUGUUGACGCUGUGAGACCGUUGUUCUUCUGGCACAGGGAUAGAUGAGAGAAGCAGCUCAGCUGUGAAAAGCCUGCAGACAGCACAGCCUACCUUCUCAGUAAAGGUUCAGCAGUGCCAGUCAUAUGCAUCCAUGAAACACGCAAAACCAAAAGCCUUUGAAAUGACAUUGAUGAAGAUGAGAGUUGCUUAUUAUGAACUGUAUGUGUGUUUACAAAAAGUAUGUAUGC